CAUAUAGAUUUUGCUGACAACGAGAGUGACGAGACUGUAGGUCUAUAAUGGCUAAAAGGGUUGCAAUCAUCGGUGCUGGAGCUAGUGGGCUGGCUGCCAUUAAGUGUUGUCUGGACGAGGGUCUCGAACCAGUGUGCUUCGAGAAAUCGGGUGAUAUUGGAGGCUUAUGGUGCUAUCGAGAGGAACGGCACGAUCAAGCUAGUGUUUUCAAGUCGACAGUAAUCAACACUUGCAAAGAGAUCACAUGUUUCAGUGACUUCCCCAUUCCAGACGACUUCCCAAACUUCAUGCACAAUAAACUAAUGUUCAAGUACCUUCACCUCUUCUGUGACCGAUUCCAUCUUCGGAAGUACAUUCACUUUCACACUAAAGUGGACUCUGUGGUUUUGGGGGAUGACUACAAAGAAACGGGCCGAUGGAAGGUUACAACAAAUCAUCAAGGUACUUGCAGCAGGUCCGUUACUGAAAUCUACGACGCUGUUCUUGUAUGCACGGGACAAUACUCUACACCACAUAUUCCAGAGAUUGAAGGAAUGAACGAGUUCAGGGGUCGGGUUCUUCACACGCAUGAUUACUCGACACCCGGAAAUUUUGAGAACAAGCGCGUCUUGAUAAUUGGAGUGGGUAAUUCUGGUUGUGAUGCUGCAGUGGAAUUGAGUCAACAUGCAUCAGAGGUUUAUUUGAGUACACGUAGAGGGAUGUGGAUAGUCUCCCGUUUUGGAAAUGGAGAUAUAUUUUUCCAUUAUAGACUGUUGGAUCUCCUUCCCCAUCCAGUGAAGGAAAGGGGAAUCAGGGCUUUUGUGGAGAAAAGAGUGGAUCACAAAUUUCUUGGUAUCCGACCCGAUCACUCAGUGCUAGGCCAACAGGUAACAAUAAACGAUGUUCUCCCUACCUGCAUUGUAAAUGGAUCCGUCAUUAUCAAACCAGAUGUAAAGCGCUUCACACCUACUGGUGUCGUGUUCAAGGAUGGAACCGUCGAAGAUCUGGAUGCUGUCAUCCUUGCAACUGGGUACGUCUUUGAAUUUCCCUUUCUUCAAGAUUCGGUGGUGACGGUAGAGAAGAAUAAGCUUCCACUCUACAAGUACGUGUUCCCAAUGAACCUCCAACAUGCUACCAUCGCUUUCGUGGGAUACACCAAACCUGCGGGUUCUGUUAUUCCCAUAUCAGAGUUACAAGCUAGAUGGGCAGCAAGAGUCUUUAAAGGUCUUGCAAAGCUACCCUCUCCAGAGGCGAUGAAAGCCGACAUGGUGAGUAAAGAAGGAGCUAUGUCCAAACGUUUCGUCUCCUCCCAGCGCCAUACACUCCAAGUGGAUUUCAUCAAGUACAUGGAUGAUGUUGCGAUUGAGUUUGGGGUGAAGCCGGAUUUCGGGAAGAUGUUGCUCCGUGAUCCAAUCCUAGCUCUGAAGUGCGUUUCCGGUCCAUUUACACCCUAUCAGUACCGUCUAGUUGGACCAGGUCAGUGGAGUGGUGCCAGAAAUGCCAUCAUGACAAUCUCGGAGAGAGUCAGCAAACCUUUACAGUCCUAUAGGCUCCACAUACCUCAGAAGGAAAGUUUUUUCUAUCAUGUCAAUAGUUGGUUGAUAUAUUUCAUUAUUUUGUUCGUUUCUGUCUACAUUAUUUGGCAAUAAACCCCUUUUUCCUCCUCAGGGGGAGGAGGGUUGACUUUUUUCCAAUACCAUUUUAUGAUAAAGGGCAUUACCAAGAAUUCAGAAAAAAAUAUUUGAUAUAAAUUAAUCGUUGGAGAUUGUUUACUGUUUAGUCAUUUUUACUGAUUUGUUUGAAAAGCGCAUUUUUGAAGCAUAUUGAAUAUAAUUUUCAUUGUAUUUUGUUUGAUCUUAAUAUAUAUUUACAUCAUUUUAUAAGAAAAAACGGGCAUUACCAAGAAUUCAGAAAAAUUAUUCGAUAGAAAAUAAUUGUUGUAAAUUGUUGUUUACUAUUUAGUCAUUUUAACUCGUUUCUUUUAAAAUGCAUUUUUGAAGCAUAUUGAAUAUCAUAUUUAUC